UCUUCGCUCUCUCUAUUCUCUGUCUCUGCCUCCUCCUCCCCUUCCUCUUCCUCGUAAGCAACUCCAAACCAAAGUGCUCUCCUCUUUCCUUUAGAGUCAUUCUUCCCUUCCUUUUCUUCUCCUUUUCACCUUUCAAUCUCUCUGUUUCUCAACCUUUCCAAUAUAUAUGUGAUAUAUCCAUCUUGAUGAUCAUCAAUGGGUCAGGAUAGAAAUGUUGACAUUUUUGAAGAUGAAGAUAAAGAGGCUUUAAAAGGGCUAUCUCCUGUCCCUCUGCCGCCGCGAAAUAUCCACUCUCAUAGCCAGCAGCUACGUGCAACCUCUUCAGGACCUACUACUAAAAAACACCAUCCAGGUACAAGAAAGCACAGUCUUGAUGACAUCCCUAAACCUGCGCUUUCUGAUCCUUUUUAUUAUGAAUCUUCUUCCGACGACGAUGAAUUCUGCCCACGCUCCUCUUCUCCUUCUAACACCACUCGUUCUCGUGGUGGCAGUGGUGAAGAUUUCUUCGUUGGUGCUGAGGAUGAUCAACUCAUGCAAUUCCAACCAUUGCCUGAGUUCAUUGCAAAUGGUGGCGGGACUGGAAUCUUUAAGUUUCCAACACGUUCAGCUGUGCACGCUGGCCGACCGCCUUGUCUAGAACUUAGGCCACAUCCUUUGAGAGAAACUCAGUUGGGGAAGUUUUUAAGAAACAUUGCUUGUACCGAUAAGCAGUUGUGGGCUGGUCAGGAGUGUGGGGUAAGGUUUUGGAGUUUUGAGGAUGUAUAUGAGGCUGGAAGUGGAUUAGGUGGGAGAGCGAGAAGGGGUGAUGAAGAUGCUGCACCAUUUUUUGAGUCAGGGAAUACCUCACCUACAAUGUGUUUAAUCAUUGACAGUGCAAAUAGAUUGGUUUGGAGCGGGCACAAAGAUGGGAAGAUUAGGUCCUGGAAAAUGGAUCAACAUUUAGAUGAUGCUAAUUCUCAUUUUAAGGAAGGAUUAUCGUGGCAGGCUCAUAAGGGUCCUGUUCUUUCUAUAGUUAUGAGCUCUUUUGGUGAUCUGUGGUCAGGUGGUGAGAAUGGUGUUGUUAGGAUUUGGCCAUGGGAUGCCAUUGAGAAAUCUCUUUCUCUUUCACCAGAGGAAAAACAUAUGGCUGCUUUAUUGGUGGAGAGGUCUUGCAUUGACCUCAGGAGCCAAGUCACUGUAAAUGGUGCCUGUAGCAUUUCUUCUUCAGAUAUAAAGUGCUUGUUAGCUGACAAUGUUAGAGCUAAAAUUUGGUGUGCUCAGCCUCUUUCCUUCUCUCUUUGGGAUGCUCGUACAAAGGAGCUUCUGAAGGUAUUCAAUACCGAGGGUCAAAUUGAGAAUCGAGCUGACCUGCCAUCAGUGCAACAGCAAGAUCAGCCAGUAGAAGAUGAGAUGAAGGUAAAAUUUGUAGUCCCAUCGAAAAAGGAGAAAUCUGGGGGAUUUCUGCAACGUUCACGUAAUGCUAUAAUGGGAGCAGCAGAUGCUGUUCGCCGAGUUGCAACCAGGGGAGCAGGAGCAUUCGCAGAUGAUGCCAAGAGAACAGAAGCACUAGUGCUGACUAUAGAUGGAAUGAUCUGGAGUGGAUGUCCUAAUGGCCUUCUUGUGCAGUGGGAUGGGAGUGGAAAUCGUUUACUAGAAUUUAAUCAUCAUUCUUCUGCUGUCCAAUGUUUUUGCACUUUUGGAACACAGAUAUAUGUUGGCUACGCAAGCGGUGUCAUACAAGUAUUGGACCUGGAGGGAAAACUGAUUUGUGCAUGGGUUGCUUACAGUAAUCCUGUGCUAAAACUGGCAGUUGGAAAUGGAUAUGUUUUUAGCUUGGCAAAUCAUGGUGGCAUACGUGGAUGGAGCAUUGCAUCUCCAGGACCUAUUGACAGAAUAAUACGAUCAGAAGUAGCAUCGAAAGAACUAGAGUAUACAAGAAGAAACAGUUUCAGAAUUUUAGUUGGUACAUGGAAUGUCGGUCAAGGAAGAGCAUCCCAGGAUGCACUUAAAGCAUGGUUAGGCUCUACUGCAUCAGACGUUGGCAUUAUUGUUAUUGGGUUACAAGAAGUAGAGAUGGGUGCAGGUUUUCUUGCAAUGUCUGCUGCAAAAGAAACAGUAGGACUUGAAGGGAGUGCCAUUGGUCAGUGGUGGCUGGACAAUAUAGGAAAAGCCUUAGAUGAAGGAAUGGCUUUUGAACGUAUGGGUUCCAGGCAGCUUGCAGGCUUGCUCAUAUCUCUUUGGGUAAGAAAGAAUCUCAGAAAACAUGUUGGUGAUGUUGAUGCUGGGGCAGUUCCAUGCGGCUUUGGACGAGCAAUUGGCAAUAAGGGAGGUGUAGGUUUGAGAAUUAGAGUUCUCGACAGGAUCAUGUGCUUUGUUAACUGUCACUUGGCUGCACAUUUGGAAGCAGUCAAUCGGCGCAAUGCUGAUUUUGAUCAUAUUUUUCGAAAUAUGUCCUUUGGUCGGCCAUCAAACCCUGCGGCAGCUGGUAUGGUGCGAUUCCUGUUUUUGUGUUGCGUUCUUGCCUUCUCCACAUUUUUAUUUUGGCUGCUUUAUGUUUCUGGCUCCCCCCUGGUCCUAUCUAUUGCAGCUGGUGUCUCAACUGCCAGUCACACAAUUAAGGGAACAAAUGCUGCUAGUGCCAACACUGAAGAGCCAAAGCUUGAUUUAGCUGAAGCAGAUAUGGUGGUAUUUCUUGGUGAUUUUAAUUACAGGCUUUUUGGUAUAUCAUACGAUGAAGCAAGGGACCUUGUUUCACAAAGAAGUUUUGACUGGCUUCGAGAAAAGGAUCAGCUCAGAGCAGAGAUGCAGGCAGCGAAAGUUUUUCAAGGAAUGCGUGAGGCACUCAUUGUGUUCCCUCCUACUUACAAGUUUGCAAGAAACCAACCGGGUUUAGGAGGAUAUGAUUCUGGGGAGAAAAAGCGAAUUCCAGCAUGGUGUGACAGAAUAAUAUACCGUGACAAUCGAUCAGCUCCAGUGUCCGAAUGCAGUUUAGACUGCCCCGUGGUCUCAUCAGUUAUACAGUAUGGAGCUUGCAUGGAUGUCAUAGAGAGUGAUCACAAACCUGUCCGCUGCAAGUUUCAUGUUCAAGUUGCCCAUGUUGAUAGAUCAGUUAGGAGACAAGAAUUUGGAGAAGUUGUCAGGUCCAAUGAGAAAGUCAGGUCUAUUCUUGAGCAUUUGCGUUAUGUACCAGAAACCACUGUCAGCACCAACAUCAUCCGCCUUCAAAGCCAGGACACAUUCAUCUUGCGAAUCACCAACAAAGACGUGAAAGAAAAGGCUAUAUUCAGAAUUGUUUGUGCAGGUGUUUGCACUGUCAACGAGGAUGAAGACGAGAGUACUUAUCAUUCACGGGGUUCGUAUGGCUUUCCAAGAUGGCUCGAGGUCACACCAGCAGCAGGCAUAAUUAAACAAGAUCACUUUGUGGAUAUCUCAGUACAUCAUGAAGAGUUCCAUUCCUUAGAAGAGCAUUUUGAUGGAAUCCCACAAAACUGGUGGUGCGAAGAUACACGAGACAAGGAAGCUAUGUUGUCUGUGAAUAUCCAAGGCAGUAACGCAACAGGAAUACAAAGUCACCGAAUCAUCGUUAGACACUGCUACUCUGCCAAGACAGUGCGUAUCGACUCUAUAUCGAACAAUUCUCGGAAAGGCCAAGGAGGCUCUGUUCACCGGUCUGACCUUAGGCAACAAAGUGGUUCCUCUGAUGCUGUUGAUGAUUUCCGAGAUUUUUGAAGCUUUAGUGAGGCCUCGUAGAAUUGGACAGGAAUAGAUACAUCACCUGGAAGCAGCACCCAGAGAGCUUAAUCCGGUAUCUUUUUUAUGUAAAUACAUGGAGAGUGGUCUCCAUUUCAUCAUGUUGAGAACAGGUUCCGUUUGUUUAUGGUGAUUUGCAUAUGCUGAUGUCAGGUGGAAAUUCUUUACCUCAUUCAUUUUCGAAGAACAGAAAAACACAAGCACUGUAAUCGAAGCAAAUUGCACUAAAUGGUCUUUUCUACGAUUGCAGUAAAAAUGUUGAUAUUCAAAUGCCA